AUGGAGGGACACAAAAUAGUUCUCUCGGACGAUUUUUUACAAGACUUCUGUCGCUCUAAAAACGCCUCGUACACCAAGACCCAGCCGGGUCGGAGCGACGAGGUCGAGAAACAGUGCCGCGGGUGGGAACACAGGCUGGCCAGGUGCCUAAACAGCUGCCAGGGCGUCAUAAGCGCGAGCUGCCGGGCCUCGGAGGCUGAAGCUGGCGGCGAAACCCCGUCCGGCUACUUCAGGAAGGUGCUGGAGUGCAGCAAGGACUUCAGGGAGUACGAGGCGUGCAUCCGGAGGAAGGACAAGUGGGACGCGAAGCCACAAACCGACCGCGACACCACGCACACGCAAUGA